AUGCCAAUAUCACUAGUAAUUCCCACCACCAGCAAUCUAAUCAUCCACACAGCACUUGCAAUCUCACUCACGUUUAUCUUCUCAUUCCUCAAGAUCCCUGCUUUGUUCCUCCAUGGCCUCAACACCUACAUUCACCCAGAUGAUGUCAACCCUGGCGGCAAUUCAUCCUCCGGCGGAUUCCGAGCCGCCAUUAGAAGGCCCGGCGAGAUUACAUCAGAACUUCCCAAGCCCAGAAAGAAAUCCAAGGACAAAUUCGAAUUUGACGAGAGUAAAGCUCAGAUCUUCAGGUUGAAGCUUACCGAAGGUCACCUCCAGUCGAGAAUUUAUUUCAAAGAAUUUUACAGUGCCUUCAAUUUCACACUUAUUGCGUUGUGUUCUUUGUUCCUGCAUAGAUUCUUGACUUUAGAUAAAGAUUCGGGGAUGGUGAAAAAUGGGACUGUGAUUCCCCUUUUGCUAGGGCUGGUCGGGGUUUGUAGAUUGUUCUUUUUGAUAGUUAGGGUUGGGUUUGAAAAAUCUGCAGCCAAGAAGCUGGAGAAGGAACUGAGUUUCCUGUUCGGUGUUUCAGGGUUUUUUCUUGGUUUAAGUGUUGUUUUUGAGGUUGUCCCUAAAUGGAUAUUUGAUUUUGGGUUUGGAUCACUGGAUGGUUUAGUUAAGUUUCUUCUUGCUGUGUACAUGGGCUGCAUUGUGGGCUAUCUUUACAUUCCUGCAUUGCGUAACGCAAGGGCCUUUUGGCUUGGGACCGAUCAGAUUCGUUGCAAUUUGUCGAUAAUUUCAUGCGGGUGGUUUUCAAGAAUGCUCCUUUAUGCUAAUUACAUAAUGGCUGUAUUUACUUCAUUGCUUUGGAUAAGCCCAUUUGCCGGUUUUUUCGUUCAUGAGGAUCAUGACGCUAAAAACGGAGUUACAGACUUGGCUUGCUAUGUCGGCAUGUCAAAAUCGAAUUUUGAGGAGGUAAGGCUUUGGUGCUUGCUAACUUCCGGAAUACUGCAAUUUCUUGCUGUGCGCCCGAACGUGCAGAUGUUUUUAAACGAAGCCGUCUUGUGUUGGUACCAGAGACUGCACGCCAGCAAGGUCCCCGAAUUGGACUACAGCCGGGCAAAAGUUUUUCUACACAAUCACUACUUAUGUGUUGUGGCCGUGCAAUUCUUCGUGCCAGCAAUGAUGGUACUUCUUCUCAUUGGCUUUUUGCAAUUUGAUGAUCGUUUUCUUGUAGGUACACUGAUGGUAGAGAAAUUUUCGAAUCACUCGGCCUUGGUGAAAGAGGUUGCAUUGUUUAUGGCCUGGUGGAUUGUUUUUGUUUGGGCUAUGUUCAGUUCGGCAUUGAUUGCUUUGUAUCGCCAUGGGACUCUAUACGUUUCUUGA